AUGGGACAUGGCUUGGAGGACUCCCCAGAUAUCAAUGCCCGAGUUGCAGAGGGAAGCAAUGUCCAAAGAAAUUCCUGACCUUCCCAGAUUUCUCUCCAGUACUCAUCUAGAGGCUCAUGGUAUCACACCUAUGGAGGGACUCUCAUUACCCAGAAUUGGGUGGUGACAGCAGCUCACUGUGUGGACAGCAACCUGAAUUUCCGAGUCAUGGUUGGAGAUCACAACCUGUCCCAGAACAAUGGCACUGAACAGUAUGUGAGCAUCAGCAAAAUUGUGCAACAUGAAUACUGGAACCCCAACAAUGUGGCAGCCAGCUACGACAUUGCCCUGCUCCGCCUGAGCAAGAGUGUCACCCUCAACAGCUAUGUCUAGCUGGGCACUCUGCCCCCAUCCGGUCAGAUCCUGGCCAACAACAAUCCCUGUUACAUCACAGGCUGGGGCAUGACCAAGACCAAUGGGCAGCUGGCUGAGAUCCUACAGCAGGCAUACCUGCCAGUGGUGGAUUAUGCCACCCGCUCCACCAGCUCCUACUGGGGCUCCACCAUCAAAAACACCAUGGUGUGUGUGGGAGGGGAUGGCAUGAGGUCUGGAUGCCAGGGAGAUUCUGGGGGUCCUCUUCACUGCCUGGUUAAUGGCCAGUACGUUGUCCGUGGAGUUACCAGCUUUGUGUCCAGCCUGGGCUGUAACGUUGCCAAGAAGCCCACCAUCUUCACCCGAGUCUCCAACUACAUCUCUUGGAUCAAUAACGUUGUUGCUUACAACUGA